AUGAUGUUUUCAUUGAGCAGUCGGCUGUCCCCAUCUCGACUCUCCCGCUCUGAGGGUGCGUCGAGACCUCCAGCGAUUCAGGGGCCAAAGGUGGAGGCCGCUACAAAUUUUCACACCUUCCCAAGAAACGCACAUGGCAACCAGCGUUCGGGCUCCAGUGUCCAGUACCGCAGCAUGCUGAACGUGGACGAUACGACAAAUGGCUAUCCCAUUUUUUGCCCUGCAGAGGAACCCAUGGAACAUUGGCCCACCUCGGAGCUCAACCGAAUGACAUAUAAUAAUGCUACCUUGAAUGAUGAGGCUAAUAUUCUCUCUUUUUCCACAGCUUCAAAUGGCGUCGCCCCAGCGGCUCCAACCCGGGCCUCCCCGGCACCAGCACCCAACGGAAAGUCCGUAUCUCCUCAGCCUCAGUCUCCACCAGAGGUACCACAGAGCGUGAGCUCAACCGACCCAAAGGUUGCUGCUCAGCAAGCUAGUGAUAUGAGGAAUAUUGUGCGACGAAAGUUGACUGGCUACGUUGGAUUUGCCAAUCUGCCAAACCAAUGGCACCGCAAGAGUGUCCGGAAAGGAUUCAACUUCAACGUUAUGGUAGUUGGUGAAUCCGGUCUUGGAAAGUCGACCUUGGUCAACACGCUCUUCAACACUUCGCUAUACCCACCCCGUGAGCGCAAGGGACCCAGUCUCGAUAUUAUCCCAAAAACCGUGGCGAUCCAAUCAAUAAGCGCUGAUAUCGAGGAGAAUGGCGUUCGUUUGCGUUUGACUGUUGUUGAUACCCCUGGCUUCGGUGAUUUUGUUAAUAAUGAUGAGUCGUGGCGGCCAAUUGUCGACAACAUCGAGCAACGGUUCGAUGCCUACUUGGAUGCCGAGAACAAGGUCAACCGCAUGAACAUUGUUGAUAACAGAGUCCACGCAUGCGUGUACUUCAUUCAACCCACCGGCCAUGCCUUGAAGCCCCUCGAUAUCGAGGUUAUGCGACGACUCCAUACCAAGGUCAACUUGAUCCCAGUUAUCGCCAAGGCUGAUACCAUGACCGACGAAGAGAUCCUGGCUUUCAAGUCCAGAAUCCUCGCCGACAUCAAGCACCAUGACAUCCAAAUUUUCGAGGGCCCUCGCUACGAACUAGACGAUGAUGAGACGAUUGCCGAGAACAAUGAGAUCAUGUCGAAGGUCCCAUUCGCUGUUGUUGGUGCCAAUUCCGAAAUCACUAGUGCUGAUGGCCGCAAGGUUCGUGGACGCAGUUAUCCUUGGGGAAUCAUCGAGGUGGACAACGAGGAACACUGCGAUUUCGUCAAGCUGCGCCAGAUGCUCAUUCGGACACACAUGGAGGAGCUCAAGGAACACACCAACAAUGCCCUGUACGAGAACUACAGAUCCGAGAAGCUCACAGCAAUGGGUGUGGCUCAAGACCCAAGCGUCUUCAAGGAGGUCAACCCCGCUGUCAAGCAAGAAGAGGAGCGCACGCUGCACGAGCAGAAGCUCGCAAAGAUGGAGGCCGAGAUGAAGAUGGUCUUCCAGCAGAAGGUCUCCGAGAAGGAGAGCAAGCUGAAGCAGAGCGAGGAGGAACUAUAUGCCCGCCAUCGCGAGAUGAAGGAGCAGUUGGAACGCCAACGAAUGGAGCUAGAAGAGAAGAAGUCGAGAAUCGAAAGUGGAAGGCCGUUGGAGAAGGAAGGGAAGAGAAAGGGAUUCUCUCUCCGUUAA